UCCACUUUUGAGUUCGAUUUUGGCAUAAGCUAAUUUAUAUCCGUAAGGCAGAGAACGGGGCUUGGCCGUGGCAUCGGUUUUGGUGUUAAGCCCAAAACGGAGAGGUGGCAGUAUUGGCCUGACAAAGCCUAUAAAGCCGACCGAGUCAUAUUAGUCUUGAAUUCUUAUUUUAAGGGUUUAUAUGAAAAAUAUAAAUAGCAACAUACGUAUAUAUAAACUUCAUCCCAGCAAAACAAACAACUCAGGAAAAUAUUACUCUUUUGUUAAAAUACUAGAAAAAAAUUCAGAAAAAAAAAAAAAAGAGAAGAGAAUGGGGAAGAAGAUGCUGAGUUUGGAAGAACAGUGUAAGAUAGUGAACUUGUUGAAAUCGUCAUCUGAACAAAAAUCAAUCGAAGAAACAGUCACUGAAUUCUUUAGCGAUUCCAACCUCCGCCAUUUCAAUGUCUGCUAUUCUCUCUCUUUUUUAUUGCAGGACAAAAUGAUGCUCAGUUCUACUGAACGAUUGGUUGCAUUCGCUAUUCUUCAUCGAUGCUAUUCCUCUCAAAAAUCGGCUGCAAACCCAUUUAUUUCUUUUCUUCUAAACGCUGCAUGUGAUGAUGGGGCUGAAAAUUAUGAGAGGGCAUUUAUUCUCCAUUUGCUUGGUUCUGGCAACUCCAAUGACAGUAAAGAGUUUCUUAAACAGUCUGCUUCAGAUUACAUCAAGAAUUUUGAUCCUUCAUCCCAAACUUUCCCACAAGGAGAGCAGUUACAGCAACAAUAUUUUGAGAAAGUUGAUCCGGAACCAUACACUUGCUUAUUAAAGAACACUGUAGUGAAAAAUGUGUUGGCAGAUCCCGAUGUUCCCCGUGGUUGUGAUGCAAAUUCAGCAGAGCACGUGUCUUGGUUGGAUUUACAGCCUGUAGCCAAAUCUAAACUUGGAUCUGGGGAUAGAGAUGAAGCCCUAACUGGAUUGAUGGAGAAUUUGUCAUUGGAGGGGUUAAUUCCUCAUUGGAUUAGGCCUGUUCCACCUAGGUUCCCAGUGGAUAACGAGUUAGUGUGGCUCAACCCUGACAACAAUCAUGAGCUUCAAUGGGAUCAAGGGAUGUGUGCUGAUACUAGCAGAGGAGCAGCAGUGAGAGACUUAAUCGCAAAAGCUUUGAAGGGAGCACUUGAACCUAACCAACAGGAGCAAGUCCUGGGGGAGCUGGUUAAAGACCCCAAGCUUGUCUACCACUGUGGAUUGACUCCAAGGAAGCUACCCGAAUUGGUGGAAAACAAUCCACUUAUUGCUGUUGAUGUUCUGACCAAGUUAAUAAAUUCUCCCGAAAUUGCUGAGUAUUUUACGGUUCUUGUUAACAUGGACAUGAGUCUACACUCCAUGGAAGUUGUGAACAGGCUCACAACUGCGGUUGAACUUCCAAAGGAAUUUGUACGUAUGUACAUAACUAAUUGUAUAUCAUCCUGCGAGAACAUCAAGGAUAAGUACAUGCAGAACAGACUCGUGCGACUUGUGUGUGUUUUUUUACAAAGUUUAAUCAGAAACAAAAUAAUUGAUGUUAAGGAUCUGUUUAUUGAAGUUCAAGCCUUCUGCAUUGAGUUUUCGAGGAUCAGAGAAGCAGCCGGUUUGUUUAGGCUUUUGAAAACUUUAGAAUAAACGAUCACUCUGUUCUUUUCCUCUUUUUAAACUCUGCCUACAGUGUAGAUAGUAUUGUCGUCCUUUGUGAUCCCAUUCCAAAAGCCAUAAAUUUCACAUACUAAUAGCACUUUGGUCUUCAUAAACAAAUAAGGGUGGUAUUGUAGAACAAAUAUGCAUUAAAAAAUAUAUUGUAAUCAGACGGUUUCAGA